ACAAACCGGAUAACGAAGUCAACAAGUCAGUCGACCAAAACCUCUGCGUAGGACACAUGCGGCCGCGAAUACAUUAUAUACUCACUUGUAUUAUAUACCUCAUUGUUAUUGUGUAAAUAAAACGGCAAAAUAAUGUUUUUGAGGAGAACUGUGGUGUUACUUUCAUUGGUGUUAUUAAAUUGUGACAAUGUGUUUGGGCAGAGCUGUAACGACUGCAUCACGGUGACAGACUGCCGGGAGGCCGUGGAGAUGGUCAAUCAGAACGACGACGCCGCCACCGCGCUGCUAAGACGGGCCUUCUGCGGCUUCGGCGCCCGGAGACCCAAGGUGUGCUGUUCCGCCCUGCAAGCCAAGCUGGACAGUCACCCGAACCUCUCCCUGCUGCCUGAGAACUGCGGCUUCAUCGACGGAGACCGCCUCAUCGGGGGGAUGAAGGCUGGACUCUACCAGUUCCCCUGGAUGGCCCUCAUCUCACAUAGCACACGAUCCGGCCUCAAGUUCCAGUGCGGAGGCACGCUCAUCAAUGACCGCUACGUGCUGACAGCAGCUCACUGCAUGAAGAACCUCCAGAUAGCCGGAGUGAGGAUCGGGGAGUACGACUACCGGACCGAGACGGAUUGUGUCGGGGAACCGCCGAAGGUGGAAUGCGAGAGUAAGAUUCAGGACAUCCGCGUAGAAGAGGCGAUCCUGCACCCCGCGUACAGCGGGCGGCCCGGGCCCGUGCUCAACGACAUCGGGCUGCUGCGGCUCAGCAAGAAGGUGGACUUCACGCCCAAGAACGCCAAGCCGAUCUGCCUGCCAAUAACCCACGAGCUGCGAACGCGUCCAAUAGCGAACCUGAACGCCACACUGGCGGGCUGGGGCUUCACGGAGGAGCACGUGCCGUCGCCCACGCUGCUCACCGUCUCCGUGCCCGUGCACACCGUGGAGGCCUGCAGGAAACAGUAUAACAGAGGCAAGACCACGGAAGUGGACGACACCCUCAAUAAGAUCUGCGCGGGGACCUACGGUCGUGACUCCUGCAAUGGAGACUCCGGGGGCCCCCUCAUGAUCGCCGGCCAGUAUAAAGACCAUCAGCGAUACAUCCAAUACGGAGUGGUCUCCUACGGACCGCGGCAAUGCGGGUCGGACUUCCCAGGAGUCUACACUGAUGUGUCCAAGUACAUGGGAUGGAUUUUGGACACGAUUAAACCAUGAUGAGUGAAUGCAAGUUUAAGAUAAUCAAUGUGAGUUUGAACGGUGAACGAAUAGUUUGUAAAAA